CCACAGCUCCUGCAAUGGGAAAUUCCACACGCCAUGAGCUCGAGCUCACGGAGCACAAUCAAAUCCGCAAAUAGAACAGUCCAGAAGUCAUUUACCUGGUUGAGUGGAAGCACCUACUCCACGGCUGUGUUGGUAGCGACCCCAGAGAGGGAGGCGACCAGGUCUAGCACCUUCACCCACAUCGUGCAAUCGUCUCCAACACAGCUACCCCCACAACUUCUUAUUGCGACGCCCCUUUUCUUCUUCUUCAUUUCUCCAUUCGUUCCCCCUCUUCUCCAUCCCCUAUUCUCUUCUUUCCAUGGAGUUCCUAGGGUAGGGGGACUUGUGCCCCCCUGCCCCCACGCUGGAUCCAACCUUGAUUUGGAUGCUAUACGCCGCACCUGAAGAUUAGCCUCUGGGCGUGUAGUUUGGCACCGAACAGGUGGAGUAGCGAGGUUGGCCGGCUGUUCCCCAAGAAUAUGGUCGCAGAUCGCCGGGGCAGAAGCGUUGAUGGCAGCCAGCUUGAUGGUCAGCUCCCACGAUCUCGUUGGCCUCCGCCCUCUCUUGCAGCAUGGUAUCGACCUUCUCGCGCAACGUUGAAACAAGACAAGCAUAAUCUCAAGUCAGCCAAUCACAAAGCAACCGACACUCAAACAAGACUCGCAAGAAAGCCAUGUUGGCGCGCUCAUGCUCGUCAUCAACUGCGAACAGUGGCUUCCCUGGCUCUAUGAGAUGUGGCCAGACAAAGUCAUGAUCUCUCUUGCUGCCACGGGAGAUGCCCACUGGCGAAGUUAGAGUAAAUUAGUAGGAGGUGCAUUUGCCUUGUGGGUGCAUAAGUUUAGGAUGUGAGGGUGCAUAUAUGAUAAAAAAUUGAUCCAUACUGAUUUUGCAUUUUGUUCUGGGUGCAUGGACACCUCCUAUGUGUUUUGCGUUAUAUACCUUGGUAGUUGUUGCCCGACGUGUCAGAGUCAACGAGACCAACCUGCUGGGCUUGGAAGCCCUCAAAGUCAAAGCUCACAGGCUCAGCCGUCGGCCGUGAGCAAGUAAACGAGACCAACUUGCUGGGCUUGGAAGCCCUCAAAGUCAAAGCUCACAGGCGCAUCCGUCGGCCGUGAGCAAGAGGUUCUCGGCCACGACGCUGUGCUGCGGCCAUGAAUUCCGGGGAAGGAACUCCAGCUGACCAGACUUGUCACGCACCUCUACCUCUGGUGGCGUCGGAGCCGCGGCACCGGCUGUGGGCAGACCUGCCGGCGGACAUCCUCGGCAUCGUGGUCGGCCGCCUCGCCCUUGCAAAGCAGGUCUCUGUCUCUCCCAAUCGCCAACGGCUCCGGUGUGACGAUGGAUUACUGCGCGAUCAACCCUGCGCAGCGUGCCAUGUCGUUUGGCACGGUGGCCCUGUCAUCUUCGCCGGAGCCGGGCACCAGUGGCGUUGUGGCUGCCAUCUCCAUGGCCAUGGAUACUACUGAGGCGAGCUUGAGCGCAGACCCUGUCAGAUUCACUGAGAUCAAGAGCUUGGAUGGCGACUGCGUCUUCAUCAGCCCAUGCAGCUGCAAGUCAUUCCGUCCGUGUCAGUAUGAUGGAGUCGGAUCAGGCGAUCUCAUCUAUUUCAUUGAUGGUUACCUCUCCCCGGAUAAGAAUGCCCGGCCUUUCGAUAGAUUUGUGUACAACUUGAAAGAUGGUUCAAUGGCACCGUUUGCUGCAGAGAUACCAGAGGACAAACUUCAGGCGCCAGAUGGCAUGUUGAUGCAUCCAACAUGGUUAUUUCCUCCUGAAUGAACUGCUGCAGGUCAGCUUUAUUUGCUACUCUGAUCUUAAAUUUCCUAGUAACGAGACUUGAUCGGGGCCAGGCACCAUGGUGUUGUAUUUCUGAGAGCUGAAACAAUGGUGAUACUGUUUUAUGUCUGAUUCCAGUGAUUGCUUUUUUGUAGUAAACUUGUGUGUGCUUAAAUUGUUUUCAAUUUCCUAUGAGAAGUCAGACCUUGGUAAUCAACUAGAAAGCACGCGUAUACACACCUGUCAAUUGGUAGAUCUUGGGGAUUGAUAAAGCAAUACUGUACUUCAGGUCAACUGAAUAUGACAUUUUGGGCAGGCUAAUUGGCGUGUUUCCUGACUUGUCUUUGUCCUAAAAGUCAUAUAAUUAUACUUUCAUGUCUGACUUUUGAUUCUCAUCAUAAGCAAAAAGCUCAAAUAAACAACCAAGUCUUGAAACUGCUGGCUUUUGAUAAGCAAAAGUUGUAUUUUAUUAGAAGCCAGAAAUUAGUCUAGAAGAGUCUGUUGUUAACUACAGAAAAGAAUUAUCUAUAUUAUACAUUACGUUAUUUGUAAAGCCAGUUAAGCAUAUAUAUACUUUUCAUUACCUUCUUAAAAAACAUCUUUUGAAAAGCAUAGCUCAAACAAACACGGAGUUAGUAGUUGCAUGAUUGGCGAUUGGUCAGAAGCAUUUUUCUUUAAAGAGAAGAACAUGGUAAGGAUUGAACAAAAAAAAAAAAAUCCCAACAAUCAGAUUUUUGGGGUCAAAACUCAAAACACCCCUCGUCAUCUCUUAAUGUUGCCGAAAUCGGUUCAAAAAAUAAUAAAAUUGCACCAAGACAGCUAUUUGUCUAUUCAGAAUAUAUUGUGGGCAUAUAUUUUGAGAACUCUUGUAGACACAAGAGAUCGAAUUUGAUACGGAAACUACGGGAUUUGGGGAUUGGGCGUGCACAGACCUUCCAUAUAUCUGGCUACGUCAUCCGCUGGUUUUAGGUUGGCCAAAAUAUAGAACAUAUUUUGGGAACUUUUGGUUUUGGAGCGAGUUUUUUUUUUCUCUUCACACUCAAAAUUCAAUUUCAGAGAGGGUAUAUUGGGAAUCGUUGGAGAUGCCCAAAAUGUGCGAACCCACAUCAAAAUGGCAAUGACCAUUUCUCAUAAAGAAAGAUUUGACAAGAUGGGCACUAGUUCAUUCUCUAAAUUGCUACAUCAUGCCCAUGUAUUUUUGGUCUUCUACCUAUACCCGAUUCGAUGAUAAAGCAAAAUGUUUUUUUAGAAAGGAGAUAACUCUGUUUUUCUUGAAAGCAAGAUAAUGUAAGAUGUCAUGGCUGGAGGAGGAAUGAGGAAGAAAGAGAGCCAUUGGAUGACAUGUUAACAAAAUCCCAAUUGUUUGUUUUGUUUGUGAGAGGUGAGGGUUUCUAGAAUGAAACAUUCUCAACAUGUUGAACAAGUCUUGGAAGCCCUCAAUGUCAAGUCAACCUGACCAACCACUGGCUCUUGGAAACCAUCAAAGUCAAUCCUGGCAGGCCCAGCCUGCAUCCAUCCAUACAAGAGACCGAUUAACACGUUGCCAUGGAGCAAGCUAGAGGCACCAGGACCCUGUCCGGCGGCCAUGGAUUGCCGGAGAGCGCCUCUACCUCUGGCGGCGGUGGCGCAGGCAAGGUGCUCGACCAAGUGCGUCCCGGGCCUCCCGGCUUCGGAGACGCCAAGGCUCGACGACGCGUCGGAGCUGGAGGCCCAGCGCCGGCCGUGGGCGGACCUCCCGGCGGACAUCCUCGGCGUCGUGGUCGGCCGCCUCGCCCUCGCGGAGGACCGCGCCAGGCUGCGCUCGGUCUGCCACGCGUGGCGCGCCGCGGCGCGCCACCACCGGCGGGCGCCGCCGCCGCUGCCCCUGCUCGUGCUGUCCGACUUCUCGUUCUCCGGCUUCCGCGCGGAGGGGACCUUGACUGGCGCGCGCCGCCGCGUCCCGCUGCCUCCGCAGACGGAGGCGGCGGAGGCUGGCAGCGACGACGUACGCUGCGUCGGCUCGUUCGACGGAUGGCUCGUGGGCGCGGAGCGCGACACGAGUCGCGGCGUUGGUGACCUCCGGUGCUUCUUGAUGAACGCUUUCUCCCGGGAUGUCGUCGUCCGCCUCCCGCCUCCUCCCGCCGCCGCCGCCCACCCCGACGACGCACGCAGCAGGUCCCUCCCCAUCGCCAACGGCGGCGGCUCCGAUGUGGUGAUGAAUUGCGCGAUCAAUGCUGCAGAGUGUGCGAUGUCGUUUCGCAAGGUGGUCUUGUCGUCUUCACCGCAGCCGGGAAUCAGCGGCUGCGUCGUGGCUGCCAUCUCCAUGAUCGAGGAUGCCACCAAGCUUGCUCUCUGGCGACCUGGGAUGAAGUCAUGGUGCGUGUGCCACGGCAGUUGUGUCCCUAAGUUCACUGAUGUCAUCUUCUGCCAGGGGAAGCUCUACAUGCUCAGUUGCGGCGAGCUCACCACAGACCUCUUUUCACUUGGGCUCUCUGAAGACGACGACGACAGCGGCCUCAUCGUUUCUCGGAUCGACUGCCGUGAGAUCGAAUGGCCUGAGGUCACGGAUGGCUAUCACCAGAAUUGGAGCAUGGUGGAGUGGCGUGGAAAACUCUUGAUAGUUGCGACGUACACGAGCGACGUCGAUGCUGAAAUUUGGCAGGGAAUUGUUGAGGUCAGGGUGUUUGAGGCGAGCUUGAGCACAGACCCUGUCAGAUUCACCGAGAUCAAGAGCUUGGACGGCGACUGCGUCUUCAUCAGCCCAUGCAACAGCAAGGCAUUUCGCUCAUGUCAGUGUGAUGGAGUUGAAGAUGAUCGUAUCUACUUCAUUGAUGGUUACCUCCCCCCGGAUAAAAAUGCACGCCCUUUCGACAAAUUUGUGUACAACAUGAAAGAGGGUACAAUGGCACCGUUUGCUGCAGACAUACCAGAGGACAAACUUCAGGCGCCUGAUGGUAUGCUGAUGCAUCCAACAUGGUUAUUUCCUCCUGAAUGAACUGCUGCAGGUCACCUCUGUCACUCUGAUCCUAAUGAGUCUUAUUGUGUACACUAAUGCUUGAUUGGGGCCAGCCGCCAUGGUGUUGUAUUUUGGAGAGCUGAAAGCCUGAAACAAGUGUGAUACUGUUUUAUGUCUGAUUCCGAUGACUGGUUUUGUAUUUCUGAGAGCUGAAAGCCUGAAACAAAUGCGAUACUGUUUUAUGUUUGAUUGCAA